AAUCCUGCACUUCCCCCAGCGAAGAAGCAUAUGCGUGUUAAAAAAACAAGAAAACAAGAUUGUAAAGCUUACAUUACAAUUAGGAAAAUUAUAAAAUUUCCACAAUUCCAGGUUGCACCACAUCAGCGCAGUUUAGGGUCUAAAAAAAAACUUAUUUCCAAAUUUAUUAAGACAAAUUUGGACACCAACAAAGAUUUAGUUAAGUGCACGCUAUUUCGAAUGACUUUUCCUGAUGCUGGUGACCAUCAUGGCCAUGAGAUUGGAAAGGUUCAGUUGGGAACUGUAACAAACCUGAACCGGUUAGUUUUGAAAUAUCUCAAGGAAAUAAUCGCUAAAGGAAACUCAUCAGUGCCUGAGCUUAAGCAGCUUGUUGACAAGUAUGUUGUUGAAGAACUCUUCAAAGAUAGAACUCCACCACCACCAACAAACAGAAUAUUUUAUCCAACUAAUCGUACUAUUCGCAAUCAUUUGUACACAGCUGGUAUUAAAGCAACACCACAACCAAGGUGCAAACGAAAAUCGAAACAAGCUUUGUUACCCCUUGAAUCGUCUAAUACAGACAAUUUUGAUAUACUUAUUGAUGCGACUGAAGUCAUACAAGAUAAAUCAGUUCAAACUAAUAGGAUGCUGGAACUUAUAGACACCAUUAAAAAGGAGAUGUACAAUGUUACUUCAAUAGAUGCCUUGGUACAAGCAGAGGAUCUUUUACAUACAGCUUUACAAGUUCUAAAAAACAGUUGCGUUGACCCAGUUGUAAGGGAUGAGAUGGUUGUAAGUGAUGAAAUGGUUGCAACCAGCAUACAGGGAAAGCGAAAGAUGUUUCCAGUGUCAAAUAGUGAAGGACCACAGUCUAAGUUUCAAAAAAUAUAUGAGGAUAUUUUGGUUGGUACAUCUCAGCCACAAGUUUUUACAUCAGACAGUGAUCAGUUGACACUUCAUACAAAUCCUGGGGUGAAUAUUGUGGUUAAAACACAAGAUAAAAUCAAAUCAACACUACAAAAGAAAGGGAGUUUAACCAAAAUAGUGCCUUCAAUAAAUUUGAUGGGUCUUAAUGUAAAUCAGCCACUUCUAAAGAUUGGACAAGAUACACUCUCUUAUGUACAACUUAUGACUUUGGAAAAAUCGGUAAAUGCUGUAGAUAGGAAUUGCCUGCGUUCAUUUGACGAAACUUUUCAAGAUGGAAAGUUAUGUGACAAUAUCAUUAACAGUUAUUUGUGGCAGCUUACUUCAAGAUAUAAUCAUGUCAUCCAUGCUGAUACCAGUGUUGGAUACAGAAUUCAACAUGGUGAAGAUGUGGGACAAUUAUGGGAAAAUGUUAAAAAAAAUGAAAAGUCUUAUGCAUUUAUUCCAUGGAAAUCAAAUGGCCAGUAUUGGGUUAUGAUAGCAAUCAAUAUCAAGGAGCGCAAGCUGUUGUACUUGGAUCCAAACCAAACAGAUGAUAUUGAUAAAACACAGUAUAUUUAUGAGGCCAAAGAAUUCAUCAAUCGUUCAUUAUCAGAUAUUUUAGGAUUUUCUUUGACUUCAAGUGCCACCAACGUGCAUAAGCCCAACAAAGGGAAUAUGUCUCCUGGUAUAUACGUGUGCAUGUACGCAUACUGGCUAACAAAAGGAAUGAGCUUAGUACAACCCCACAAACCUGUAUUGUUUCGGAAACAUAUUUUUGACACCAUAGUUGGAAAUUGUACAUUGGGUUUUCAGAACAAAGACAAUUGCAAAGUGUGUCAUAAAAAUAUCAGGCAUAUAACUGGCAACAGUACAUUGUGGGUAGAGUGCUCAUCUUGUCAACAGUGGUAUCAUGCACAAUGUGUGGGAAUGUCUGAAGAACAACUUAUAUGUGAUGCUGAUUUUUCAUGUCCAAGAGAUCUGAACUGAUUAUUGACAUUAUCCCAAACCAUAAUUUGGUGUUCAGUUUAAACAUAUAAAAUGUAAUGGUUUAACAUGUGGUCAUAUAUUCACAUAUUUAAAAUUUACUGUGACAAAUAUUAUAAAUUGAAUUUGUUGUACCAUAGUUUCUCCCAUUAUAAACAAUAAAUCUGUACUUAAAAUAAAAAGUCUGUACUUAAAAUAAAUUUAUUAGUUUCCAAACUGUAAGACAGCAUAGAAAUACAAAAAACAAUCAACAAUUAAUCGCUCACAAAAUUUCAUGUAUAUAUUUCUGGUAAAACGUAAGUGUGCACAAGGUGUAUGAAAAAGGCCUUUAGUGUUAUAACAACUGUCUUUUUUUCUUUAUUGGUACAAUAAAUAGGGGUGAUUUAUCUAAUAUCUAUUUAUUUAUAGGUAUUGGGUAUACCUUCAUUAAAUCAAAAUUUAUAAUAUGCAGAAAUGUUAUGUCUUUUAUUUAUUUAAAAUUUACAGAUCAAAAGUUGAAAUACCACUUUUGUUUAAAACUUAACAAACUUUUGAAACUUAUACUUAUUAUGCUUCAAUGGAUACAGUAGAAGAUGGAACAAAUACAUCCCUGGAGUCCGAACAGUGUGUUAAAUGGUUUCCAUCAUUUGAACUGGCAGAACAAGAAUUAUACAGACAUGAAGUUGAUACAAUGUGUUCCUUUACUGUAUUUACAAAAAUGAAGAAUGAUCCAGAUAAGCUGCGCAUACAGUGGGACAAAGAUAAUAUACCAUUCUUUGCAAUGCGAUUUAUUAAGUACCAAUGCACACAUGGCAAAGGCUACAAAGGAAAACAGACUCCUGUAAUUAGCCUUGGGAAGAAGCAUAUGCGUGUUAAAAAAUCAAGAAAAACAGAUUGUGAAGCUUGCAUUACAAUACGGGAAAUUAUAAAAUUUCCACAAUUCAAGGUUGCACCACAGCAGCAAAGGUUAAAGAAAAAAAAAACACUUAUUUCUAAGUUUAUAAAGAAAAAUUUGGACACCAACAAAGAUCUGGUUAAAUGCACGCUAUUUAAAAUGACUUUUCCUGAUGCUGGUGACCAUUAUGGCCAUGAGAUUGGAAAGGUUCAGUUGGGAACUGUAACAAACCUGAACCGGUUAGUUUUGAAAUAUCUCAAGGAAAUAAUCGCUAAAGGAAACUCAUCAGUGCCUGAGCUUAAGCAGCUUGUUGACAAGUAUGUUGUUGAAGAACUCUUCAAAGAUAGAACUCCACCACCACCAACAAACAGAAUAUUUUAUCCAACUGAUCGUACUAUUCGCAAUCAUUUGUACACAGCUGGUAUUAAAGCAACGCCACAACCAAGGCGCAAACGUAAACCAAAACAAGCUUCGUUACCCAUGGAAUCGUCUAAUACAGACAAUUUUGAUAUACUUAUUGAUGCGACUGAAGCCAUACAAGAUAAAUCAGUUCAAACUAAUAGGAUGCUGGAACUUAUAGAUACAAUUAAAGAGGAAAUGUACAAUGUUACUUCAAUAGAUGCCUUGGUACAAGCAGAGGAUCUUUUACAGACAGCUUUACAAGUUCUAAAAAGCAGUUGCGUUGACACAGUUGUAAGUGAUGAGAUGGAUGCAACCAGCAUACAGGGAAAGCGAAAGAUGUUUCCCAUUUCAAAUAGUAAAGGACCACAAUCUAAGUUUCAAAAAAUAUAUGAGGGUGUUUCGGUUGGUACAUCUCAGCCACAAGUUUUUUCACCAGACAGUGAUCAGUUGACAUUACAUACAGGUAAAAGAAAAUCAACAAUACCAAAGAAAAGGAGUUCAACCAAAAUAGUGCCCUCAAUAAAUAUGACGGGUCGUGAUGAAAAUCAGCCACUUCUGAAGGUUGGACAAAAUACACUCUCUUAUGUACAACUUAUGACUUUGGAAAAAUCUGUAAAUGCUGUAGAUAGGAAUUGCCUGCGUUCAUUUGACGAAACUUUUCAAGUUGGAAAGUUAUGUGACAAUAUCAUUAACAGUUAUUUGUGGCAGCUUACUUCAAGAUAUAAUCAUGUCAUCCAUGCUGAUACCAGUGUUGGAUACAGAAUUCAACAUGGUGAAGAUGUGGGACAAUUAUGGGAAAAUGUUAAAAAAAAUGAAAAGUCUUAUGCAUUUAUUCCAUGGAAAUCAAAUGGCCAGUAUUGGGUUAUGAUAGCAAUCAAUAUCAAGGAGCGCAAGCUGUUGUACUUGGAUCCAAACCAAACAGAUGAUAUUGAUAAAACACAGUAUAUUUAUGAGGCCAAAGAAUUCAUCAAUCGUUCAUUAUCAGAUAUUUUAGGAUUUUCUUUGACUUCAAGUGCCACCAACGUGCAUAAGCCCAAUAAAGGGAAUAUGUCUCCUGGUAUAUACGUGUGCAUGUACGCAUACUGGCUAACAAAAGGAAUGAGCUUAGUACAACCCCACAAACCUGUAUUGUUUCGGAAACAUAUUUUUGAUACUAUAGUCGGAAGUUGUACAUUGGGUUUUCAGAACAAAGACAAUUGCAAAGUGUGUCAUAAAAAUAUCAGGCAUAUAACUGGCAACAGUACAUUGUGGGCAGAGUGCUCUUCUUGUCAACAGUGGUAUCAUGCACAAUGUGUGGGAAUGUCUGAAGAACAACUUAUAUGUGAUGUUGAUUUUUCUUGUCCAAGAGAUUUAAAUUGAUUAUUGACAAUUGACAUUAUCCUAAACCAUAGUUUGGUGUUCAUAGUGUUGAGUUAAAACAUAAAAUUGUAAUGGUUAAAUAUGUUAUCCUAUAUUCACAUUAAAAAACUUUAUUAUUU